CUGUCUUGAAAUAUGAAUACCGUGGUGUAUACUACUAAUAAUACUUGAAUAAUCUUGUUUCGUUGUGAAUUUUAUAUUUAUAUUACUUAUAUUUUAUUUCUUAAAAAUGUCAAAUAUACCAAUUCGCAAUAUAAGUAAGGUAUCAAAGUUGUUUCAACCAAUGACAUCCAGAAUUAGUACUAUUAAAAAAUCAGAAGUUUUUUCAAAAAGCUAUGAGCAUUUAAUUAAGUAUGGAUUUAUUAAACAAGUUAACAGUGGCAUGUAUGCAUAUUUACCUCUAGCAUUACGUGUUUUAAAUAAAUUGACAACUCUUGUUGACAAUGAAAUGGAGAGAAUUGGAGCCCAAAAGAUAUUGCUUCCAGCUUUAACAUCAACACAUUUAUGGAAGCAAACAGAUAGAUAUAAUAAUAAUAAGUCUGAGUUGUUUAUAUUAAAGGAUCGAUCAAACAAAGAAUAUAUACUAAGUCCAACAUGCGAAGAAACAAUUUGUAAUUUAUUGUCAUCUUCAGGAAUAAUAUCAUCACAAAUAUUGCCUUUAAAGCUCUAUCAGAUUUCUAGUAAAUGGAGAGAUGAGAUGAAACCACGUCAUGGAUUUCUAAGAAGUAGAGAAUUUCUUAUGAAAGAUUUAUAUACAUUUGAUUUGAGUUUGAAUAAUGCACUAAAGACUUAUGAAGAAGUGUGUGAAGCUUAUGAAAAUAUAUUUAAGAAUAUAGGUUUAACAUUUGUAAAAGCUGUUGGUGAUCCUGGAUUUAUUGGAGGUUCAGUGUCUCAUGAAUAUCAUUAUAAAAGUAGUAUAGGAGAAGAUGUUGUCUGUAUAUGUUCAUCUUGUCAGUAUGCUGUUAAUAAAGUUAUGUGCAAUGACACACAUUGUCCUAAAUGUAAAAAUACAUUAGUUCAAGAGCAGGCAAUAGAGGUAGGGCAUACAUUUUUAUUAAAUACAAAAUAUACAAAACCUUUAAAUGUGAAAUCUAGAAUAGUUGAUACAGCAUCACCUUUAGUGAUGGGUUGCUAUGGACUUGGCCUGAGUCGUAUUUUUACAAUGUUAGCUGAAAUAUUAUCUACUGAAACCGAAUUACGGUGGCCAAAACAUUUAGCACCUUAUACAUUGUCUAUUAUACCACCAAAGAAAGGGAGCAAAGAAGAAUCUGCAAAUCAGUAUGUAGAUAAAGUGAUAGAGAUUUUAGAUGAAUUAAACAUCGACGCUAUACUUGACGAUAGGUCAGAUUUAACGAUUGGUAAUCGUUUAAUGCAUGCUCGCGUAACCGGAAUACCUUACGUUAUAAUAAUUGGAAAGGCUACUCAAAAAUCGCCACCUUUAUUCGAGAUCCACGACAUAAAUAACUCAACGCAGUGUGAUCUAAGUUUAGAUAAUAUGUAUAGUUAUUUCAAUGAUGAAAAAACUUCAAAUAUCAUUGAAAGUACCAAAGUAUCAAAGGCUAAUUAAAUUAAGAUCGUCUAUUUCCACCGCACAUUACAGCACUUGUUAUUGUAUACUUGGGAUACUUUUUUAUAUCUUCAAUGUUAAGAGUCUUCUUUGUUGUUUCCUCUAUAGCUAACUCCAAUGUGUAAGUUUUUAAGUCUAUUUGAGGAACAGGAAGGUGAUUCCUUACAUAAAAUAGUUCCCUGGAAUAAAAGAAACAUUUUCAAACUAGCUUCUUUUUUAACAAACAUUCUUUAAAUUGAAAAUGUAUGUACACAGGUGUAAUAAAGCUUUCAAUUAACAGAGAAGGAGAUGGCUCAGCACAAAAAGGUUUGUGUCCAUUAAUUUUUAAAGCUUUGUGUCUAACAGGUUCAUUUGAAUAUGGAUCAUUUUCAUUAGCUAUAUUAGAAAUGGCAUCUUCUUCAGAAAUAUUUCCAAUUCUCAUUGAUUCAAGAAGCUCAUAUAUUUCUGUGGUAUUAUGAUUUGCAAAGAUUGUCCAAAAUGGUUCAAUUGAACUACCAGCUGCCAUUAGGAUCUUGGAAGGACCACCUGGAUGUUUUUCAAUAAAAUCUGUUACAUCAUA